AUGAAUUAAAACAGAGAGUGUUAACAUCAUGAAAAGGUCAUGGAGUUAUUUUGUGAAACAUGCAAAGACCUAGUCUGCAAUGAUUGCGUUAGUUAUGGUCCACAUCAAACUAAGAAUCAUAAAAUAAUUAGUUUCAAAGAUGCCUACACAAUAAGAUAGGCAUUCAUUAAGGACAGAAUUGAAACCGCCAUGAAAAAUAAGAAGGAGAAUCUCCUCGAUUAAUUAGAGAAGAUAGAAACCAGAAUGAAAUAUAUCACGGAAGUGAAGGCCACCAUUGUCAAAGACAUUCACAUGGAAUUUGAGGGAGGUAUCUUAAAGAGAUUGAAUGAUUAAUCUGGUACAUUGACAGCAGUACUCCAGAAGGACAUUGCUUGGUUAUAGAAGCAUUUGAAUUCAAUAGAUGAUUUUAUUCACACUUUUGAAUAUUUGGCUUUGGAUCAGAAUGUGUUACCCUUAUUAUUCAUGUCAAAGACAUUAAGUCAAUAAACCAUGAAGUUACUCAGCAUCAUUAUUAAGACCGAAAUAACUUCGCAUCCUUCUGAUCUCCCUAGAGAAUUGUUUGAUCUCAGAACCAAAAUCAAAAAUUCAGAAAUACUCCAACAACAAAUUGAAUUCAAAAAGCAAGUCAUUUGGAAAUGUCGAUAAGAGAAGAUCUAAUCCUUAUAGAAAAUUAAAGAAGAAUACUUCGUCAAAAUUGAAGAUGAAAUCUAUGAUUGGGUAAGACUACUUAAAAAAGUGGUCAACACUUUGGACAGUUUGUGUAUGAUAUGUACAUUUUGUGGGUGUUUUAUCGAUGUAGUGAAUGAACAAUGUGCACUCAAUGCUAAACCAUAUGAAGAAGUUUAAUUAGAUUUUACUGGAUUUACCAAUGAGUUACCUAAAAUGAAAGUAUUUGGAACUUGCCAACAUUUCUUUGGCUAUCCAAGAGAUGAGUAUUUAAUUUUGAGAAAGGAUAAAUAUGCUAACUUCGGGGAUUAUCAGGAACAACGAAGAGCUGCCAAGGAAGUCUACUUCAAAGUGUUUAGAUCACUCUGGUUUUCUAUUAUAGAUCUAAAAGCCAGGAGAUAUUUGAAACAAUUGGAUUUGUAAGCCAUAUUCAAAAAAUACGAUCCUGAUAACAAAGGCUGGUUGUCCAUUGUCAAAUUCAAAUAUCUGAUGCAUCAAGAAUUGGGUAUGUCUGUUUAGGAAGUCGAAAAACUAGUCAUCUACUUUAGAGAUGAAAAAGAAGACAAAGUCAAUUAUGAAUACUUCCUGGGGAUCGAUUGGUAUUUGGAAGAACUGUAGAGGUUGGAAGAACAAGUAAAAACAGAAUCUGUCAAAUAUGCUAAAUUAUAUAAUAGGAGAGUGAGAGUUAAAACAACCUCUCCUCCUCCAAGGCAGGAAGCCAAAUUUUUAGAAAGACCAUAAUAAUAAUAAUAAUAAUCAACUAUUUAUAGCAGUUUUACUCGUUUUUCAUAAGCUGUUGAAAAACAGCCUGUCCCAUAACCUGUUUAAUAUGAGUAGCCUCGAUUUGGGUUCAUAGAUAGAGAUAAUUCUCAUACUCAAUCAGUGAGUAAACAGUUCCCUCAAAAAAACAAUAUAGAAUUUUCAGCUGAAUCCAGUUUGAAGAGCAAGUAGAAAUCCUCUUCUUUGUAGCCUAAGAGAGUCUAAUUUGAAGAGAAAUAAAGUUAUCAAAGAUUUAAGGAAUCUGCAUAAGUAAGUGGAAAUUAUGCUUCUAAAUAUUAUUGA